AUGGAGAACAAGCUGGAGAGGCUGAGUGAUACCAUGAAGCUCUCCGCUCACGUCACUCGGAUCCUGGGCCAGAAUCCCGGUAUGAUGACACUUCAAGGGACUAAUUGUUACCUUCUUCAACCCCCUUCGAACCCUCUAGCCCCGAUCAUCCUCAUCGACACGUCUUCUCCGCACACUGCUCAACAAUAUGUCGACCUUGUCAUGCUCCACUUGCAACAUCUCGGACUUCAAUCGGGGACCCGAGAGACUCACUUCGAGUCCCCAUUUUCCAAGGCCUCAUUGGACAAUUUCCCGCCUGAGAAACAUGAAGAGCUCAAAGCCAAAGUCAUCGGUGAACGACUCGAGGCUCCUCAUGGACCAGACGAUCAGCUCACAGAGUAUGGUGGCACGACUCAAACGGGACAGUGGGCACCUAACGCGACCAAGGCAAGACGACUCCCUCCUAUCGAGCACAUCAUCCUGACGCAUCGACAUCUGGAUCAUGUCGGUGCCCUACCGACCUUGCUCAAGACGUUGCAAGAGCAUGAAUUGCCACCGCCAAAGCUUUGGAAACUUCCUUCUCCCGAUGAAGCGGAACUGCAACUGUCUGAACGAGAUAGACCGACUACUGACGCUGCCAUAUGGCAAACCCUCCCUCAAGGCACCUACCAGUCGUUUUCACCCUUUCAACCCAUGCAUCCCAUCAUGCCUGGUCUCAUGAUCUCUAUCCUUGAUCCAGUCUACAAGCACCUUCUCAAACACGACAAGGACGGGAAGCCGAAAUGGAACGACGUACCAGAAGUGGCUCGAGUCUCGCUUCGAUGUCUCAGAACACCAGGACACACUGCGGAUUCUGUCAGUUUGGUUAUGUGUGAAGGGGAGAAGGGGGUGUUCACUGGCGACACAGUUCUGGGGGAGGGCACCACAGUAUUCACAGAUCUCGCGUCGUACAUGGUUUCGCUCAAAACCCUCUUGGCGAUCAAGCCGUCGACAAUGUAUCCCGCUCACGGCCCUCACAUCGUCGGUCAGGAAGACUGCACGACCCAUUUGUCCAACUAUAUCUCUCAUCGGAUGGAACGAGAGGGCCAGAUUGUUCAGCUCCUCCAGUACAUCGCGUCUGACCCUGCAAACGUGCGGACUCUUGUGGACACCCUCAUGCAAGGGUUCGAAGCAGAAAAGGCUGCCGAGACCAAGUUCAAUCACGAAUUUCUCUCUGGUAAACCGUUCGUGCCAAAGAAGAAGAAGCCCGACGAUGCGAAGGAUGAGGAGACUCAGGAGCCCGAUCCACCCACAGCCGGCUCCAAAUUCCCCUCGGAUGAACGCGCUCUGCCUAUACCCUUGAUCUGCCGAUUCCUCUACAAAUCCAACAAUGACGCUCUCAUAUUUGCCGCGUCAAAGAGCAUCGGCGCGCAUCUUGUCAAGCUCGAGGAAGAAGGCAAAGUCAAGCGAAAGGCGGUACACAUGCCAAAGAUCGUACAAGGUAAAGUUGGCGAUUCAGAGGAUCAGGAAGGGUGGGAAUGGGUAGGAGUGACACAGGCCGAGUAA